AGCGCCUUACCUCACCGAGCGGGUAACGGCGCGUGGGGAUUUUUUUGGAGACUUUGAGUGGCGGGAUCGCGGCUGCUGCGACAGUGACCGACCUGGGCAACCGAGUCCGGCGCAGCGAUGCUGACCCCGGCGUUCGACCUCAGCCAGGACCCCGACUUCCUGACUAUCGCCAUCCGCGUGCCCUACGCCCGGGUCUCGGAGUUUGACGUCUACUUCGAGGGGCUCGACUUCAAGUUCUACGCGAAGCCGUACUUUCUCAGAUUAACCCUUCCUGGAAGAAUUGUAGAAAAUGGAAGUGAGCAGGGAUCCUAUGAUGCAGAUAAAGGAAUUUUUACCAUUCGAUUGCCUAAAGAAACUCCUGGCCAGCAUUUUGAAGGGCUGAAUAUGUUAACUGCUCUGCUGGCACCAAGAAAGUCGAGGACUGCAAAGCUACUUGUUGAAGAAAUAGGUGUUUCUGAGGUUUCUGAGGAAGGAGUAGAAGAUGACGAUGAAGAGUUUGAUUGGGAAAUUGAACAGUCCCCCUAUGAAGAGGUACCCGAAAGUGCUCUGAAUCCAGAGUGCCGCUAUGGAUUUGGAAACUUACGAUCAGGGGUGUUUCAGCGGUUACAGGAUGAAUUGAGUGAGGUUAUCGAUAUUAAGGAUCCAGAUUUCACUCCUGCAGCUGAACGAAGGCAGAAACGCCUUGCUGCUGAGCUGGCCAAGUUUGAUCCUGAUCAUUAUCUAGCUGACUUUUUUGAAGAUGAGGCAGUUAAACAGGUUUUGGAGUAUAUUCCUUGGUGGACUGAUUUAUAUUCAAAAAUUAUGGCCUCUUCAAAAAGGAAUCAGGAGCCAGAAGAUUUUACUGCAUUAGUGUCUUUUUCUGAAGAAGAGAAAUAUCAGCUGCGAAAUUUUGUCAAUAAAUCUUACCUGCUAGACAAGAGAGCCCAUCGUCAGGUCUACUACAGUUUGAUAGAUAUCCUUCUGGCAUAUUGCUAUGAAACACGUGUCACUGAAGGAGAGAAGAAUGUCGAAUCUGCAUGGAAUAUCAGAAAACUGAGUCCAACGCUGUGCUGGUUUGAGACUUGGUCUAAUGUUCAUGAUAUCCUGGUGUCUUUUGGAAGACGAGUUUUGUGCUACCCACUUCACCGCCAUUUCAAGCUGGUGAUGGAAGCCUACAGAGACACUAUAAAGAUAUUGCAACUAGGUAAAAGUGCAGUUUUAAAGUGUCUACUGGACAUUCACAAAAUCUUUCAGGAAAACGAUCCAGCUUACAUUCUAAAUGAUCUCUACAUAUCAGACUACUGUGUGUGGAUUCAGAAAGCCAAGUCCAAAAAGCUGUCAGCUCUCUCAGACGCCUUAAGGGAAGCAUCCCUAACCAAGGCCCAGCUGGGAUUAGAACUGGAAGAACUGGAAGCAGCGGCACUUCUAGUCCAGGAGGAAGAAACUGCAUCAACGGCAGGAGCCCAGUCAGUUUCUGGGCAGCAGGAGGCUGCCUCCAGUUCUGACACAAGCGAUUCAGAGGAAUCAGACAGCACCUUCUCAUCUGAGACUGACGACUCAGACUCUGAAGAAGAGGAGCCCAGAGACAGUGAAUCUGGGGCAGUAAAUUCCUUGCUUGGUCCCUUUGUUGAGAACAGCCAUGCUGCCCUGCUCCUUGACAGUGGUUUGAUAUGCAGAGACAAGGCCCCUCCGAGGUCUGAUAUCUGUCAGGGACAGCUACCUGCCCCUUCCCGGGCUCCUGGAGCAUCUGGGCCCCUGAUCCAGGAGCUCAGAGAACAGCUGGAGACUACAGUUUACAUUUCCGAGCCUGAGGGCUCCACUGCUGGUAAGCAGGGCAGCAUUCAGGAGAGAGAUGGCCAGCAGACGUUAGAGGAUUGACUCUGCAUGGUUGCAUUAGGUCGUGUUGGUUUUUAUCAUUCAAUUAGAAUUCUUCACUUUCACUUUGUACUUCUUAAUAUCUAUAACAUUGUCAGUGACCUAAUGUUGAUGCCUGUUGUUUCAUGUUGCACUUUUAAAAAUAAAGUUCUAAAGUUUUUUUUGAACUAAAGUGCAAUUAGUAUUUGAAGAUGAAAAUAAUAGUUCUGUCAGAAUCUCUAGAAUGUAGAACCCAUUCAUAUUUUGAACUGCUUUCCCGAGAAACGCUGCACAUACCUAAAGUGGAUGGUGUGAGAAGUGCUGAAAAGGCAUGAAUGCCAAAUGAAACCAGUACAACCUCAAGAUGCUGUACUCACCCCCCAUCUUCAGGUGUCCUCCGGCCCCUUUGUUACCCCUCUUCCAUCCCCAACCCUGCAUGCCACCCACCCCUAUUCCCCAGGCAAGCGUGAUCUGCUCUGUCACUGUACAAAACUUUGCAUUUCCUAGAAUUUAAUAUAAAUUGAACUGUGUGACAUA